AGGCCGGAGCGGGCCGUCCCGGGGCGGGAUCUGAGAUUCGGAGCGGGAUUCCGAGCGGCACCUGGCGCAGUAUCUCGGAUCCGGAGCGGGAUCCGGAGCAGGCCUCGGCGCAGGAGCCAUGGCGUCGUCCGGGCCGGGGCGGCCACUGAUGCUGCUCGUGCUGCUGGCGGGAGCGGCGCAGGCCGGCCUCCCUUUCCGCCGGGGCUGCUACCUGCUCCCACCGGGGGACCAGCUGCUGCAGCUGGGACACAGGACAUACCCGCGGCCUCACGAGUACCUGUCCACAUCGCAUCUGCCCAAGAGCUGGGACUGGCGCAAUGUGAACGGUGUCAACUAUGUCAGCAUCACCAGGAACCAGCACAUCCCUCAGUACUGUGGCUCCUGCUGGGCCCAUGCCAGCACCAGUGCCAUGGCAGAUCGCAUCAACAUCAAGAGGAAGGGUGCGUGGCCCUCCACCCUGCUGUCGGUUCAGCACGUCCUUGACUGUGGCGACGCCGGCUCCUGCGAGGGCGGAAACGACCUGCCAGUGUGGGCGUAUGCCCACCGACACGGCAUCCCAGACGAGACCUGCAACAACUACCAGGCCAAGGACCAGGAGUGUAACAAGUUUAACCAAUGCGGGACAUGCACUGAAUUCAAAGAAUGCCAUGCCAUCCAGAACUACACCCUCUGGAAAGUGGGCGACUACGGCUCCCUCUCUGGGCGGGAGAAGAUGAUGGCUGAAAUCUAUGCAAACGGACCCAUCAGCUGUGGCAUAAUGGCCACAGAGAAGAUGGUCAGGUACACCGGGGGCAUCUAUGCUGAGUACCAAGAGAACCCUGAAAUAAACCAUGUCGUUUCCGUGGCUGGAUGGGGUAUCAGCAAUGGGACUGAAUACUGGAUUGUCCGGAAUUCAUGGGGUGAACCAUGGGGUGAGAGAGGCUGGAUGAAGAUAGUGACCAGCACCUACAAGGGAGGGCAGGGCGCCAGUUACAACCUUGCUAUCGAGAACUCUUGUACAUUCGGGGAUCCCAUUGUUUAAGGUGACGUCCCUGGAAAAGCAGUGUUUUCAGAAAUGGUAUCAUGAACCACGACCAGAGGGGAUCCUAUCGCACCAGGCUGACUGAAAGAAACUGAGGCUGAACGUCAAUACUGAACAGCUGGGAAGGUUCUGGAUACCUGGAAGGGGCACCUGCCAACGUGAGGAUGAGGGUCCUGGCUGAAAGAGCAUUCCUGAAAAGAGCUGAAGUGGGAGGCCUUGAACACUAUACAGCGACUGUUGCCGGCCACCUAGUGAGGAAGUGAUCCACAGGACAAGAAAUCUCAGACCUCAGCGUAAAAGAGUUCAAAUGUAGCACCAGUUCUUAUGUCUUUGGAAUCAGUGGGGGAGGGGGGACUGUCAACGUGAUGAAUAAAAGACCCAGCUUCACACUG